CACACAUCGAAAUACUCUGAAGAUCAUACAAUACAUACCUAGGUACUGUUGCUGUCCUUCGAUCGCGAUCUUUGAAUAUAUAAUAUAAAAAACACAUCCUCUCCUAUUGCCUUUCUCCUCCGACCCUCCUUUCUCUCGUCACCUCUACACAACCAGUCACCAUGGCUCAACGAGCGCAGCAAAUCGCCGGUCACCUAAACUACCCCUCGGGCAUGCUGGCCGGGCAGGUCGCCAUUAUCACCGGAUCAGGCCAAGGCAUCGGUGCUGAAUGCGCCCGUCUGUUCGCCAACGAAGGCGCCAAAGUGGUAGUGUGCGAUGUCGACAGCUCCAAGUCCGACGCGGUCGCCUCAUCGAUCAACGCCACCACGCCCAACUCUGCCAUAAGCGUGCCCGGCGACGUAACCGACCCCAACUACUUCCCCGUGCUGGUCAAGAAGGCGGCCGAGUUUGGUGGCGGGAAGAUCCACAUCAUCGUCAACAAUGCAGGAUACACCUGGGACGGGGUGAUUCACAAGAUGGGGGACAAGCAGUGGGACACCAUGCUGGCCGUACACAACACGGCGCCGUUCAGGCUGAUCCGCCAGGCGGCCCCGUUCUUCCGAGUCAAGGACGGCGAGAACAGGUGUAUCGUCAACAUCAGCAGCGUGAGCGGCACGCACGGGAAUGCGGGACAGGCGAACUACAGUCUCGCAAAGGCCGGUGUGGUCGGACUGACCAAGACGAUUGCGAAGGAAUGGGGACCUCAGUUCGGCGUCCGCGCCAACACAAUCGCCUUUGGUCAUAUCAACACGCGUCUCACACAAGCCAAGGAGUCGGGUGCCUUCAUCACCACCCCGGACGGCCAGCGCAUCGCUCUGGGCAUCCCGUCGGCUCAAUUGGCGUCCCGGAAGGGGGACGAUGCUAGUGCGUACAAGGAUAUCCCGCUGGGACGACCUGGCACAGCCACCGAGGCAGCCGCUGCCGUGCUGGCAACGUGCAGUCCGCUUUUCAGCUAUGUAAGCGGACAGACAAUCGAGGUUACAGGUGGAAGAUUGAUAUAGAGAAAGCGUAGUCUGUAAAAAGUGAGCUGAUUAGAAAAGG